AUGUUGCCUAGAACAUUUGUGACAGCAGCGCUUACAGCGAUAGUCCUCGGUGGUCUGCGUUUUUCAGCCUCAGUGUUUGGGGAGGUUCCACCCAGCGGCAAUCAUGAUGCAGACGCACGAAGCUAUGAGUGGGAGUACGAAGAUGAGGCCGCUGUCUUCAUACCUUUGAAUGCCUCUGGGCCUCUUAAGAUGGAUGGGGAGCUACCCAAGGAAAUAUCUGGAAUCGAUAAGCUGACGCGCAUAUAUACUACUAAAGAUGCUAAAAAACGGCCGGAGAGUAAGGUAAUUAGUCCUAAACUCCUCGAAUAUGCGGAUGAGGCCAUGAGUUGUGUAGACGGUGUAUACAGGCGAAUAGAAAAAUAUAACCAUAUGUUUGCGGGUAAAAGAGAGGAAUUGCGUUUCACAUUGGACAGAUACACGGAUAUGUUGCCACGAAUGCUGGAGGAUAAGACUGGGCUGAGACACCUCUCUUUCGUUCGCAGAUAUAUACUACACGUCGCGAAAGUAGAGACCAGCGUACGGGAGUCGGAUGAUGCUCGCAAACAUAUAAUGAAGGAGGCUGCUACAAUAUAUAGCGGUGUGAUAGAAAGGUAUAAAACGAUCAAACUUGAUUUCGAGAGACAUUACACGACUCCGGGUGUGGUAAUCAAUAGCGCGGUUUCGUCGUUGAUGGGCAUCGGUGAAGCGUACAAGCUACUCGUGAACCUGCAUCAGCAAAUGUUCAAUGCGACUGAAGCCUUCCGCCUUCACCUUAAUCGCAUUAGAGCUGCUUCAGUAUACAUGUUUUCGUAUCUGUUAUGCCUAGAUGUUCUAUAUACGGAAAUCAUGCCUCUGAGAAUGGUAGCAGUGCAAGACGUUAUGGUCACAAAGGGCAGCGGGGAAAUUCUGGAAAGCUACCGUACGAACAUGAUCAACAAACGCAAUGCCAUAAAAGCUUUAAUGAAAAGUCCCACUUUGGGCGAGAAAAGUUUUCACGAGGUCGAUCGAAUAUUAACUGAAGUGUCAGCUCUGUGCGACCGUUCCAAGACAAUAGCUAAGAGUGUGGAGGCACGUGUAGAACGUGCUGACAGAGAAGGCAUCCGAACCCUAAACGACAGAAUAACACGUGUUGUGGAGGUUUGGAAUGAGCAUUACAAACGCCCUAUUCUGAUGUCAACCAAGCUGUGCAAAGAGUAUGCUAAGCUUGCGGCAAUGAUAGAUAAAAUCAAAGAAAAUCAGAGCGUUGUCCACGCUCAUAAACAAUCUCUGUAUACCAUGUCUACCAGGUGCAAUGAGCUCUACGCCAUGGCACGCGAAGUGGCUGGCUUAGGAAGUGACGGGGUACGCCCACGAGCUGGCGGCAGCCGAAACAACCGCAGGUUAGAUUCUCCAGGGAACACAUAUAUGGUGGCACCAGACAACAGUGCCUUCGUAUAUGAUGUAACCGGAAGAUUCGUGCGCCCCGAGAAAGGUUUGGCUCCUCAAUCACCCGGUGAAUCUUUUGGCCUACUUCCACAUCUGGAAAAGCAACCCAUUACGACAAGUGACAGUGAUGUAUUGGUGCCUCAAGAGGAUAUGGAGGACGAUGUGUAUGACGACCACGGUAUAGCAGUGGAGGAACAGAUUUUACGUGGAAAGAAGAGGGGUCACGAUGAAUUGGAUGACGAAGUCAGCGACACUACCUAUGAUAGGGGCAAAAGAACAUUCCAACCCAACGGUGAAAGCGGAACUGUAUCGCAAACACAGACAACAGAGAGAAGAAUACCCACCCAUAAAAACAGCGAGGCAGGCGCAACUUAUCUGCCUAUAGGGGAUGGUGAUGACAGCGGGAGCCCAGGGACAAUCAAUUCAUCGGAAUAUAAGGAGUCAAGUAUUACAGACCUAGAGGCAGAUGAUGGUGUCAGCGGAGGUAAUACGCGUGCAUAUGGCCUCAAUGAUGGCAUUCAUCGUAGAUGGGAACCUAGCGUAAGUGAUAUGGAAGCUGGGUCACGCGGUAAACCUUUAAUCAAUGAUGACAGCGACGCGGCGUUGAGACAUCCGAUCGAAAGUAGCGAAGAUUCAACUCAAUUACAAACGGGGUGGGAACUGCUAACCUUGCUGAGGAAACUCAGAGAUGUCAGAAACGGACUGUUACACUACCAGAAGGUCCUCAUGUCGCUACGGUGGGAGCACGCCUCCGUUCCAGGUGCACAAGAGUCGCGACUUAUCAUCGAGGAGGUCCAUCGUAUUUACGCAAUGUAUCGGUUGUAUCAGUCCAACGAAUUGGCACGGCGAGCGCCACCCCUCGGUUGA